AGACUGUCGUCUGACGUCUGUCGCUGCUCAAGACUGUCCUCUGUGUGUGUGUGUGUGUGUGUGUGUGUGUGACACUCCUCACGGCGCUGCUUACGUCCAAGGGGGGGUUAUGGCAGCUAGUCCCACAGCACGUAUUAUCACCCUAGGAAACACAGAAGUGACAAGCGCUGUGAUAUGGGUAAUCUUAUCGGCACCUGUCACGCAGAAACUCCCGCGCCGUCUCUGCGACGCUCUCAGCGAUCAGUCCCUCAACUGCGGUGGUGACAUGUAGCCCGACUGACACGGCCAGACACUCGAGAAGGGAAAGGUCAGGCUUGCUGGGUGUGCCCUGGCGUGUGCAUGAAAGUGUCUCUGGUGUCGCGGAGCACGAGAUCAUUAAGUACAGCUUGCAGCCUGCAGGUUCGGAAACCAGCAGUCUGACAGCAAACAUACAGAUGUUGUGACACACGACUAAGCCUUCACAAUGGAAUGGCUGACCAAGAAGGUGGUUGCUGGCUUGGUCAAUCGUUUCUUUGGACAGUACCUGGAGGACCUUGACACCCAGGAGGUCAACAAUGCCCUCCUGUCGGGUCAAGUCAACCUCAGCAACCUCAAGAUCAGGAGAGAUGCUUUGUCUUUCCUAGAUAUCUUUUAUGGAAGUCCUCUUCCUAUUGAAGUGAAGAAAGGUACAAUUGGCAGGAUAUCACUUACUGUUCCCUACAGCAGCUUCUUCACUCAGCCAGUGGUCAUCAAUAUUGAGGAUGUGUUUGUACUUGUUACACCAGUUGUUGAAUAUGACAGGGAGCAGGAGAAGGAGUUGGACCGUGCUAGAAAACGACAGACUCUGGCGCACCUGUUCCCCGAUCCAACACCGGUGGACAGUGCCCAGGACAGGAACAGUGUGUGGGGUAUGCUUUACAACAGAAUUUGGAAUAACCUAGAACUGCACAUCAAUAAUGUUCACAUUCGCUAUGAGGACACUCACUCCUGCCAUGAGCCACUGGUGGUUGGCCUGUGCCUGCAGAGCCUGUCAGCUGACACCACAAACCAUAAAUGGAAGAAGACUCAGAUCGAUGGCAAUGCAGCCACUGUGAAUAAGGUGGUUGACUUCAUAUCCACCUCACUCUACAUCAACCCCAAGAGUGACCGCCAGCGCCUUGUCAAGCCCCACAUCACCACAGACCACUGGCGUCAGUACCUGCAGCAAGGCCUGGAAACUUUCUCCAUCAAUGAGGAGCCUUUUCAGUUUGUCCUUCAACCUGUGCGCUGUAAAGUCAAGAUGCGGCAACAGAUGAAGCGUGAAGCAAGAGUGCCUGGUCUGCUAGUGGAUGCUGUUAUCAAGGAUGCAGCACUAUCACUUUCCCAGCAGCAGUAUUUAAGCUUAACUGAGCUUUUUAAAGCAUUCAGCAUAAUCAAUACAAGUAGACGGUUCUUGAAGUACCGCCCAGAAGUGCCCUUAACCCGUCACGCAGCAGAGUGGUGGCAGUACGCUGCAAGUGCCAUUAUCCAUGAACAAAUUCGACCCUUCUCUUGGAGUAGCAUUAAGAAACACAGAUCCUUAUAUAAAGAAUAUACUCAGCUGUAUAAGAAGCAUCUUCUUGAGGGAUACAACAGUGAACUAGAGGCUGAUCUCAUGAAGCUUGAAGAUGCACUAAGCCUCACCAGCAUUGUUCUGGCUCGAAUGCAUGCAAAGAUCAAGAUCUCACAAGAACAACCCAGUUUAGUUCAUCCUGUGGAAUCUUCUGAGGGUGGCUGGUUAUCUUGGAUGAUAGGAAGCAGUGACCCUCAUGCAUCAGACGACGCAUUAGUGGUGGACAUCGUGGGAACCCGACACAGGAAUGGGCCCUUCACCACCCUGACAGAGGAGGAGCGGCGCCAGCUCCAUGCUGCACUGCAGGAACUAGAGACCCCAGGCGAGGAUGUACACAGGGAUGACAUAGACCACAAAGCUUACUUGUCUUUGCAAAAUGUGAGCUUAACUCUCAAGGAUGAUGAACAUGAUGUUGCCUUGGCCACACUGUCUGGCUUUGUGAUGAGUGCUGAAAACAGAUACGGCGUCAAGUACCAGAAACUGUCCGUGAAGGCAGAAUCCUUUAAUCUUGAGGCCUCAAACAUGGAGCAGGAGCUGGUGUAUGUGGUGAAGCUGGUGGAUGGCACCCCUUCUGCAGGUUUUGGUAUUGCCUUUUCACUUGAUCUCGAACGAAACCCUCUGAAUGUGGCCUCUGACUACGCAGUCACCAUGAAGUUGGAUCCUCUGGAAUUGCUUUAUAAUCAGCAUGCUUGUGCCGAGAUGAUUUACUUCUUCCGAGUGCCUAAUGUGAAGUACCGCACAUUUGAUGAAGUGGCUGCUGAUGCCAUGACUGGUGUGGUCAGCAGUGGCAGGGCAGCAGUGGAGUAUGCCAUUGCCAGACACAGGACAAUCAACUUGGAUCUAGACAUCAAAAGUCCCUUCAUUGUCUUACCGGAACACGGAUCCAUACAGAAAGGUGGAAACGUCUUAGUGUUGGACAUUGGGGGUCUUAAGGUUAACAGUGAGAUAGGUGGACAGAUUGUAGACCUUGAAGAUGCCACUCGGAUGGAACUGGAGGAGCGACUGUAUGACCGUCUCACAGUCACGGUCUCUCAACUCCAAGUUCUAUUUGCUGAUUCUGGAGAUGAGUGGAGGGUUCACAGAACUCGCAACGACUCCGACUCUCACCUGUUACCAAGGGUGAGGGUGAAGAUUGACCUUGCUAACAGCAUACACCCGGAAUACAGACAGUUACCUCAGCAGAAAGUUGACAUCCACAUUACACCCCUGAAGCUCAACCUCUCGGACAGUCGGCUGGGCCAGUUGAUGGACUUUACUCACCAUCUGCCAACACUGAAUUGCUGCAUGUUGAACUGUGAUACUGUUGAUGACUAUUUGUUUGAGCAGCAUCAGUUGGACCCUCUUCACUGUUUAAUGGAUCUUAACAUAUCUGAAUUAGCUUUAAUAAGGAAUUUGCUUCAGGAUAGACUCUGCAGAAAAAGAUUUGUGUCAGACUCAGUUGACCUGCACUCCACUCCUCCUCUUCUCAGACAUGUUCGGCCACUUUCUGCCAGUGACACGAUAUCCCAGACAAGCCUUGAGUUGGAAAAGUACUUUUCAGCUUCUGAUAAUAGUGAUGAUGAGGGAGAGUCUUGGGGUAAACCUUUGGAUUUACCAGGAUUUGAAGACAACACUUCACCUCAUAACAUGAUUGCAGUCUUGUCACGGUUAUGUAUUGAUGAAGUUGUAGUUGCCAUUUCAAGAUCCAGUGACCAUGGAGACAGACCUUAUUUAAUGUUAAGAGCAACUCAUCUGGUGCUUGAGUCAGCUAUCAUGGACUAUGGGCCAGCCAUACAGCUCACCCUUGGAUCUUUGCAACUUGUUGAUAAAUACCACCACAGCCCUUCAGGGGAGUACCUGGAGCUUGUGUCCUCACCCCAAGUAGGCUGCAUGUGUAUUGCUACGUUGCUCUACAGAAAAGUUAGGGCAAAUUGUCCAGACUUCAAGACACACUUUCAUUCCACUGAACAGAGUCUUGUGGUAGAUUUUGCAACUUUGAAUGUUGUUUGGCAUCGAGGAUCAGUUAUAACCCUCACUAACUUCCUUACUAUGUUGUCAGCCAAAUUGGGACAUGUAGAGGAACAGUUACCAAAAUUAAGUGUUCCACAGAAUUUUAUGGCCUGGCUAAAGUCUGGCCCUGAGGAUCCCCCUGUCCCAUCUGGGGCUACAAAAUGGUCAUUUUCCUCUCAUCUUCACAACCUGAACCUGAAACUUUGUGAUAAUGAUCUUGAUUUCUUGCAAGCCAAAGUAGGAGGAUUCCAAGGAGAAUGCAUCUUUAAAGCUAAUGAGAAAAAGAUAUUUCGAGCUGCUCUGUCAGAGUUGUCUGUUGAUGAUAUUUCUGACAUAACUCUCUACUCAAGGAUUGUUGAGAUUGAGGAGGAUAGAGUGUUUGACAUAAAGUAUGUCAAUUUCAGUCCAACACAUAAAGGCGUUGAUGAAAUAGAUGUCUCUCCUCACACUGUCAAUCCUGAUGCAGCUUUAAGGAUAAGAAUUGGUAGAGUACAGUGUGUUUUCCUUUGCAAGUUUUUGGCAGAUAUGCAACGAUUUAUGGAGCCUCUCCUUAAUAGGGAAGGAACUCAGGUGGCACUGAAGCAUGCUAGCAAGGCAGCUGAAACUAGCUUUGAGGAAAUUUUGUCAGGGAGAAAAAUCAACCUUAGUAUUGAUAUCCAUGCUCCUACUAUCCUUAUACCUCAGAAAUCUGACUCAUCUAGUUUGCUAGUCAUCAGCCUUGGUGAGCUAAAAAUAGAUAAUCUCUUCAAAACAGCAUAUACAGGGACAGGAGGAGGAGCUGUAGAAAACAUUCUCAUUGAGUUAGGACGCAUGCACAUUUGCCGUGCAGUGAUGGUGCUUAGUGGAGGCCUGGAAAUGCAGGAAGACAUCCUGGAACCAUCCACCAUAAGGGCAGAUAUCAAACGUUCCCUUAUUCCACAGUGUAGAGACUUGCUGUCCUGGGACGUCAGCAUCCACAUGGGAACCCUGUGUGUCAACAUGGGACAGCGUGAUCUGAACACCAUUUUGGCAGUGAUGACUCAGAAUAGGGCAGAGGCACAAUUUGUUGACACAAGUAUUAAUUCCCAGCCUCUCACUCCCAUAGAACUUGGUACUCCUCAAGCCGGCAGUGAUGAUAAUGUGGGAAAGCUCCAGGCCUUUUUAACACAUUCAGUGGACAUUUAUCGAAUUGCUGAUGCUCUUCUGUCUUUAGAUGGUCUGACUCUCACACUCUACACUGAUAUGGACGAAGUGUUGAGUUCCCCUGUCCGUGAUGCUGCCACUGCCCUUUGCAGAUUAGAAGUUGGAGAAGUUGAAAUUCAUGGAGACAUGAAUAGUGACAGAAGCUUGGAUGUGAGGGUAACACUGCAUGCCUGUGAUUUGUAUGAUGUGAGGCCAGACCUUGAUUAUCAUGUCAUCAAGAAAAUAUUUGGACAGUAUAGCGAAGAGAUGCACAUGAGUUCCAGGAGAUUCAGUGUCAGUGUUCCGCCUAUAAUGGAUCUUGUGUACAAAAUGAGUCCAAAUGGAGAUGGAGCAAUGGAGGUCAGUAUAGAGAGAACAAGACUUAAUGUAUCAGUUCCAUUUGCCUUGGCAGUUUACAGAUAUAUUAAUGAUGCUAUCCCUGGAACUGCAAGCACAAGUGGAGGAAUAAUAAAUCCUGGCUUUGUAGGGGAUUUAGGCACAACAGUGGAUGGGGUCAGGAUCAUUAGACGACCUCCUAGUUCUGCUGACAGUACAAGUGGAUACCUUUCUACUGUGACAAGCAAUACAGAUGAUCUGAAAACACUCUCCCUGUCCUUCAAAGUGAAGCGACCUGAGAUAGUAUUGUUUGUAGAUUGUGAAGAAAAAACUAGUAGAAUUUUAGUGUUGAGAUGUGAAGUUCAUAUUGACUACUCUCGUCAUCCAGGAAACGAAAGCUUCCAUGUCGCCCUGGACAGAUGCCAGCUGUUUGCUUCUAUGUACUCUUUGUCUAGUCAGAGUCCAUACUCCAUCAUGCAGCCUUGUGACAUUGAAGGCUCUUGGGUGUUUCGUAAUGUGGAGGAAGGCGUCAAAGCUGACCUAAGGGUUCCACAUGUUCAUAUUCAUUUAAAUCCAGCAGUUGUCCAUCUUUGUAUGGAUGUAGCAGAUGAAUUAACAUUGAGCCUAAGUCUGCAUCUAACACCUUUCAAACUCCAUCUUCCAAACACAGACUUAGAGGAUCUGUGGUCUCCCAGACCACUAACUGCUACAAUAUCACCAAUAAACCCAGAUGAGGAAGUAUAUAUUAAGCCUGAGUACCCAACAACUAAACCACAUCAAUGUUUAACCAUCAGAAUUGCAGAAAUUGCAGUUUCUUUUGAAAAGCAAGCUAUGAAAACUGCUGUUCCUGUUCUUUUGUGUAAGUCUGCACUGAAUGCAGAAAUUAAUGACUGGUCCAAACUGAUGUAUAGCAAGGCAGAAAUACAGCUACAGUUAUCUUGUUAUAAUGAACAGUUCUCUUCUUGGGAACCAGUCAUUGAGCCUGUAAGUGAAAGCAAUAAGGUGUUAAGACCCUGGGAAGCCAUUAUUAGGACCCUGCAGACUCACGCACAGCCCGUAGGGGUAAAGCGGAAACACCCUGGCCCUUACUGUGAUUCUGUUGACACAAGUUACACCAGUAACAGAAACAGUUACAUCAGCUGUCCCAUUGAAGACUCUGAGUCAUCCACAGAUGAAGAGUCCCAAGACAACGAAAUGGUGGUGCUUAAACAUCAUACACAACAAGCAGUCAAGCGUCCAAAUGCUAGACGCCCAACAGCUGAACUUGGAAGUCUUUCAGGGUUCCCUCUGGAUUCUGACUCUGAGACUGAAGACAGUGUCCUGCACAAGAUAUCCAGUGCAUUCACCCACAUGUUCUCCAGUGACUCAGAGGAAUCAGAGGAGGAAGACAGCAGUGAUGAGGUUGAAGGCAAAGGAAGCAUUAAGAAAGAUGUAGAGGGCUCAGAAAAGCUAUCAACAGGAGAUUUAGAAUCAUCAUCAGAAGAGGAAGAUAACCCAGUAUUUGGUACCUCUCCAAUGAUUCCAGAUGGGGUAGAUGGCACUAGUAACUGGUUGGAGGACAUCAGCCCCAGUGAACUGGCAACAUGUGUUUUUGUUGACUCUCGAGAUAACCUGGAGUUCACCCUCACAUCACACACAAUGACUGCCGUCAACAGUUUGAUUUCUGAGUACCUUAACAAGCCUGAAGAUCCCCAGCCCAUCACGUCCUCUGCCACGCGUUCCAUGCAACAGAUCCUCCUCACCAAUGAGAUAGGACCUGACUCAAAGGUCACAGUGGUGAUGCAAGAUGAGGUUGACGGUGCCACCAAGGUAGAAGUUCUGGCAACAGCCAAGUACCAGGAGCCAGACUCAGUUCCAUCAAGUCCAGCAUCAGGCAAAAGCCGUAGUGGUGGAGAAUCUGCUUCAGAAGAUGAGUCAGUAAUUGAAGGAUUCAGAGACUGGGAUCACCUUAGCCUGCAUUCUUUCCCUGCCUCCUCCCCUCUGACUCCACCCUCCAGUCUCCCUUCAAGUGAAUGUUUCUAUGAAUUGUUUUGUCCCAAUCCUGUCAAACUCUAUCAGGACAUCACUAAGCUUCAGCUGAUUAUCAAAGUGCCUGGUUUCAAUGAACUCAUGGUGUUUGUGGGAACAAAGUCCCGAAGUAGAAUUUUCCAACUGAGUCCUCCUCGCAAUGACAAGAGGUACCAUGUGAUAGUGACUGUACAAGUGGACCACCUCACCACCAAAGUCAUUGUCAGGAGCCCCUUACAGAUCCUGAAUGAAAUGCCUCUCCCGGUCAAUGUGUGCUUCAAAAAGAGCAUUGUGGAGAUGCUUGGCCACUCUCUUGGGGAGCUUAAUUCUCGAGUAGUGUCACCUGUCAAUCCUUUUGAUGCUCAUGUGCCUAUGGUAACCCUCCAGCCAGACCAGGUCUUCACCAUUCCCUUGGCAGUUGCCUAUCAUUCCUCACUACACAUUCAGCCUGCUGCUGCUGAUUAUGGCAUUAGUGAAGUGGGAAUAUGGUGGAAGGAUGUUUUAUCCUCCACUUGCUCCUACCUACUCACCUGUAAGGGCAAGACAGAGCACAAUCCUGAAAUAGCAGCUGCAGUGACCAUUCAGGAAGGAGUGAAGUUAAGCAGCUUGCAGUGGGAAGGGCUGAGUGGAGUUUUACCAAAUUAUACUCUGUGCCUCUCACCUCCACUGGCCAUCCAUAACUUGCUGCCAUGCACUCUCACCCUUGCACACCCUUCCUUUGCCCAGCCCCUCAUCCUUGAUCCAGGAGCCAAGACUACUCUUUAUAAGAUUGAUUUAGGAAAAAGAAUAAGUCUUCAAGUUCAGGUUUCAAAUUACUUAGGAAGUGAAUGGGAUGGCAUUCUAGAAAUUGGCACCGAAAAGGGUGAUGACCACAGAACCCUGACACUGACUCACGGGGACGGCAGUGCUCGCAGGAAGCUGGAGUGUGCACUGUACACAGUCAGGGCAGGACUGACGGCAGUCCACGUGUAUUCCCCAUACUGGAUUGUGAACAAGACUGGUCUCCCACUACAUGUCCGGGGAUCAAGAUCAAAAAUUGUGUACGAUCUAAGUGGCUCAGAAGACAUUGUUUUGUUCCGAUAUAAGAGAGGUUACCCACAUAAAUUGAAGGUGAGGGUGAUGGAGAGUGAGUGGUCAAGGAGGUGGAGCUGUGAGGCAGUGGGAUCGUGUGGUGUGGUGGUGUGUCGGGACAGCGUGCGGGACAAAAAGUACCGCAUCCUGGCCAAGAUGAAGCAGUCCACACUUGCAGCACAGACCCCAGAUGAGGGUGUCCAAGGUGGCUGUCUGAACAAUGCAUGCUCUUCAAAAUUCUUCCCACAAAUCUGUUACCAAAGAAGUGAGGAUAUAGAGCCGCAGGGCUGCCGGGCUGGAGCAGCCUGUGGAAUGUCCAGAGGAGUAAAUGGAAGAAGACCUGGCAAGUUGCACCUGACCAAGAUAGUAACACUAAUGCCAUACUUCUUAAUCCGCAACCUGACCAUCCGGCCUCUCAAAUUUAUGCAAGAGAAUGACAAAGUAGAACUGUGGUAUGACAUUCAUCCGCAGCAGUGCAUGUCAUUUUGGCCUGAUGGAGAGAACAUGCACAUGGUGGUCAGAUAUCGUGACCAGCAAGUCCGGUCACAACACUUCCAUUUCAACUCUAAUCACAGCACAGUUCUCAGAAUGGAAAAGGGGCGAGCCCUGAAUGUGCAUGUGUCAGGUGUAGGUUCUGACAGCCCAGUCACCAUCACCUUUGACAAAUACCAGCCAGGUGAUGCACCUGUGAAGAUUGAGAACUGGUGUGAAGAUGUUCAUCUUCGUCUUCACCAAAAAGGCUCAAACCAGACACACCUACUAGCACCCCACCAGUCUCAGCUGUACACUUGGGACGACCCCACUCUGCCUCGGGAACUCCUCUGGAAUAUUUAUAACAGGAAAAGUGAAGACCUCUCAGCAGUGAUAGAUAAAGAUGACCAUGGCAGCAAGUGUGUCACCAUCACUUCCUUGAAGCCUGGCAUGGUACGUACUAAAUCACAAUCCAGUGUUGGCACUCCCAAAACAAGGCCAAAGAAGUUAGGUCAUAGGCAGCGAGCCAAGACCACAGCGGCCUCAUCCAGUGACUCUGAAGAAGAGACAGAAUCCAUUGUGGAGAAGACACAUGGCCAGUAUUUAGUUGCAGAUACCAAGUCCCAGUCCACCAAGAUGAGGAGAGAUAAAAUGUUGGUUCACUGGGUGAGCUACAAACAAGGAAGUCAGAGGGUUCUCCUGUUCACCCAGUCAGAUCGCCUGGCUGCUACUACCCGACUUCCCAUGGAGAGAGCCAGAUUAGAAGUGUGCCUUGCACUGGAGAAAAUAGGAUUGUCUCUUAUCAAUGAAGGACACCGGGAAGUGGCUUACUUCAGCUUGAUGCCAGGAGCAGCCAAGUGGGAAAUUGAAGUUGAUGGAGUGUGGAAAGUUCCUCCCAGCUUGGAGUUGAUUGCAUGGCUUGAGGAUCAGUACCUCAACAACAAACAAUCUAAAGUCAACCUUCGAGGAUCACUCCAGAUGAAAGGGAACACUGUAGAAAUGGAGGUGGACCUAACAACUAUGUAUAUGACCAAACCAUUCAGUGGAAAAUUGCGACGGACCAAGCAUUCUGCUGUAUGGUUCCACUACCGCCACUCCCACCACUACAGCUAUGUUGCCUUGCACCUCCACCGUCUGCAGAUUGACAACCAGCUGAUGGAUGCAGUAUUCCCUACAGUGUUUUAUCCCAUUAAUGAAAAUGGUUCAUCCCAACCUUGCUUGUCAGUGUGUGCUCUUCUUCACUUCACAGUUGGCUGUGUCACUACAAUUAAACAUCUUAGUAUUGUGGCUCAAGAAUUUUUCCUGAAGUUGGAUAAAGGUUUCCUACUAUCCACAUAUGAGGUUCUGGAGCCCUUCUUGCCAGGUCUUCACUCAGGCAGCAUUCACACUGAACUGAAAAAACUUAGAACUCCAGUAACAUUUUCUGCUAUGAAGCAUCAGCCCAGCAGUGAUGAAGGUCCCCAUGUGGAACGCAUGUGUGUAGCUGGCCUCAAGGUACGCUUCUCUUUCUCCCCGCGUGGCACAGUGCUGGGGAGCCACGGCGGCCAAAAUGACAUGUUGGAGUGGUUUUUGACUUCUCUUGGAGCAACUUUGACUGAGAUGAAGAAUGUAUCAAUAAGUGUUGGACAUUAUGAAAGACAGUCUUUCCCAUGGGACAAACUGAUGGAAGACUUUGUGGAUCAUGCAAAAUAUCAGAUUGUUCAGCAGGUUUAUGUCCUUGUAUUGGGACUGGACAUCCUUGGGAACCCAUACCAGAGACUACGGGAUCUUUCCCAAGGAGUGAAGGACCUUAUCUAUCAGCCAGCUCUGGGCAUCAUAGAAGGACCAGAUGAGUUUGCUGAAGGUGUAGCUCGAGGUGCCCAGAGUAUGAUGGGACAUGUGGUGGGAGGGACAGCAGACAGUCUUAAUCUCAUCUCCUCAGCAGUGGGCAACACCAUUGCCAUGCUCUCCUUUGACCAGGAGUACAGGAAGAAACGUGAGCAGAGGCUGGAGGUGCAGAGUUCAUUCCCCAAGACACUCCUCCAUGCUGGCCGCACCUUUGUGAUGGGCGUGGUGCUAGGCCUGUCAGGGGUGGUGGUUAAGCCAGUUGCAGCUUCAGGUGCUCAGCAGGAUGGUGUGGAAGGAUUUUUCCGAGGUAUUGGACGGGGCAUCAUGGGCCUCAUCACCAAGCCAGCCCUUGGGGUCAUUGACUCUGUAGCAAUGGCCUGUGAUGCUGUGCGGAGGGCUGUGGACCUUGGCCACGAGGUUAUCACCCGAUCAAGAGUUCCUCGGCAUGUGUCUCCAUACAUUGCACUGCAUCCCUACAGCAGCCAUGAGGCAGCAGGGAUGGCACUCCUGGCUUCCCUAUGCCAUGGCCACUACAUGCAGACUGAUCUCUAUAUUGCACAUGCUGCUCUUUCUGAAGCAAAUAGGCCAGACAUGAUUUUGAUCUCAGAUAAGCACAUAUUUAAAUUGGAACGAUGUGGUAUGUGGGGUAACUGGGACAUAAGUUGGCGAGUAGCAGUCCGGAACUUGUUGCAUCAGCCAACAGUGAAAGACAACACCAUAUUACUAGUUCUGAGACAGGAUGAAAGCCACAGUCAGUUGUCAGGGUCUGAGCACCAGAUUCGCAGUGAGGACAGUGAUGUGCUGCUGUUCUUGGUGCGCUGGAUUGAAGUCUUGACAACACUCAGCAUGGUGGACCAGCCAUGUCCAAGACUGCAAUGAACUUGGAUGUAUGGGAGGUUGGAUUCUAAUUUGCAUAAUGGUAGGGAGAGAGCAAAUUCCCUCAGCAUUUAACUUGUACUUUGUCAAGAUACUGGAGCAUGAACCAUUAUAUUAAUGGCUUUAAUUUUUAGAUAUCUUCAGUAACAACAAAAGCUCAAAUGUUUUCUUAACCCAUAAAUAUAAACAUAUUUAUAAACAAAUUUUUGGGUUAAAUGAAACUAUACAUUAAAACUCAAAAUACAAGUUCACAUGAAAGAACAGUAUUAGAGAAGAAGCUGUAACCUUCCACUCUUAGUAGCUACAAAUUGCAGAUUUAUUUUUCAGCAUUCCCUAAAAUGUUGUAAAACUAAACACAAACUACUCUUUCUAUAUUUAUAUUUGAAGACUGUUGAUACUACAGAAUCAUGAGCUUUUUUCUUCAGUCUUUUUUCUGCAGUUGCACUUUUAUUUUUCCAAGUACCUAGAAGGUGUAAGGCUUUAUGAAUUUGUUAAUAGGACCCCAGCUAACAAAUUAUUCAUGUGACUUAUGAAUAUUAUAUCAGAUAUUAAAACAGAUAUGGUAAGGAAAAGUAGAGCUGAAGAAGGAGUGCUGAAUGAUGAUGGUUAUCAAAAUUUUUGUUGUAAGAUGCAAAGAAACAGUAUUUUUAUAGAUUAUUUUUAAUACUGAACUUUCCCAUUCUAGUCAUGAUUAGUUUACCUUUUACAGCCUUAUUCAUAAAAAUCAUUAUUUUGGCAAUGCAGUUAAGUAGUAAUAACAAACAUUAUUAUUUCUUCCUCUUCCUAUGAAAAUCAGCCUUUUAGUGCAGUAGUAUCAGCAUUUAAAUAUCACUGGAUAAUUAUAAGUGACUGGAUAUUUGUGAAGUAGUCCUAAAGUGGUGGGUUUCUUCCAUAGACAAGAGUGAGAGGCAGCAUACAGCAAGCAAGACAGUAUAUAGCACUGGUACAGUACUGGGCUUCUGCUUGGUCUUGGUUUAUAUGUGAUGACAGAUUAAUUUUGGUCUUUAAUUGAACACCAGAUAUGCAGAGAAUGAGCUGAAAAGAGUCACUGUCAGUCCUCUAAAGCUGCAGUUCAUGACUUAAAGCUUUAAGUGUUAUUUUGAAUAAAGAAGCUUUAACUUGCAUUUUACCAAAAUUGUGUUUGUGCUACUCUCACUAGGUUGUUGAUGCACAUCAGAUAGCAGGGAGAAUAUGACAUACCUUUGUGUUGUGAUGGAACUGUGGUGUGUUGUUAUACAGUUGUCUUUCAUGUGUUGUAAUGGUAGCAGUUGAGAGGCUAUUUUUUUCAAUAGAAGCUUUCACUUAGAAUUUAGUAACUACUACUUAUAUCUAACAGUUGUUUAGAGCAUAUUUUGAAUAGCAAAUGGUGUAAAAAGAUAUUUUAAUGGUUUUAUCAUUCCAUGUACAUUUCUUUAUUGUUGGUUCUCUAGUGUUGUAGGCAUAAACAGCCAGUAUUUGGUAACAACUUGUAUUGUUGGUCAAACCUGAGGCACAUGUGUGACAUUGAAUGUGUGGCACUGAACCAGUCUCUUCUUAACUCCUUGCAGUAUUAGAAAAUCAUUUGUUUGUUUUUUUCAACUACUACAUUUUUUAUUAUCUUGUUUGCAAAUAUAUAUUUCUUGUGCAUAAAGUAUACCAUAUUUGUAUUAAAGAAAGCCUACUCAUGUUCCUAGGUAUGAUGCUUUUGAAAUUAAUUGAUUGGUUGUUUAAUGUAUGAAAUGGUAUAAUAGAUUUUUUUUUUUUCAGCUCCAGCACAGAAAUAUAAAAAAAUGAAUUAUAGGUGAGACAUGUUAUGAUUUGAUAGUAAAAUAAUUUAAUUGUGUUAAUGAUGAACUUGAAUUGCUUUAAAUAGGUAAGACCAUAAUGAAUAUGUGACUGGUGCACUGCAUUCCUGAACAUAAAUAGGUUGUGUAUAAUUCUACUGUUUCCUCAUUAUUCAUAAUAG